CGCCAGUCGCGACUGACAGAGGUUGAAGUAAGGAACGAUCUGACAGUUUCCCCACCAGUGGACUUCACUUCAAAGCCUGUUCUGUGAACGAAACUUGUACUCUCGGAAUGCUAAGGACGUCGAGGCUAAGCCCUCCUGUGGACAGUCACAAGUGUCUACUGUAAUUUGACGCCGUCGUUCACGAGAUGCAGAACAAAGAGGUCGUGUUGAAAGUAUUGAAGGAAGAAGGAAAAGGGACACAGAAAGUGUUGUGUGUCGGACUUCUCUGCCUUGAUAUCGUUUGCGUUUGCCAAGAAUACCCCAUCGAAGACACUGACCAACGUUGUUUAGAUCAGCAAUGGAGGAGAGGAGGGAACGCUGCAAAUACGGCGACGGUCUUGAAGGGCUUGGGUUCCCCGGUGGAAUACCUGGGAGUGAUCAUGGGACAACAAGGCCGCGAAUUGUGUGAAGACCUGAGAACGGGAGGAGUGGAUAUAGGGAACUGCGUAUGGGAGGCUGAAACCCCGACUCCUACGUCUUGUAUCAUCCUCAGUGCAUCGACGGGGAGUCGCACCAUCAUGCAUUUCAAUCGAGGACUCAAGGAAGUACCACUACAGCACUUUUCCUCCGUACAUCUUUCUCCCUAUUCCUGGAUCCAUUUCGAGGGAAGGAAUUACCCAACUGUAAAGGAGAUGAUAGAGAGGGUGCGUGACUGGAGAAGACAAGCCAAAGGAGGCUAUCCCAAGAUCUCUUUAGAGAUGGAGAAAACUAAACCUCAGGAGACGUUUCAGGGCCUUCUCUCAUGCGUCUCCCUCGUGGAUCUUCUCUUCGUUUCUUCUACCGUCUCCCAAGCAUUAGGAUUCUCCUCAAAGGAGCAAGCCGUCAAACAUUUCAAAUCGCUCAUUCACCCCACGGCAGUUGUGAUCUGCGCAUGGGGAAAGGACGGUGCUUGUGGGAGUGCCGGAGAAGGGAGCGAGGUGCUAUCAGUCCCUGCUGUUUCACCUGACAAGGUCAUCGAUACACUCGGGGCUGGAGAUACAUUCAAUGCAGCCACCCUCUUUGCCCUUGCCAGGGGUUUCAGCUUGAGAGAAGUCCUGGAAUUUGCAUGCACUGUAGCCGGCGUCAAGUGUGGUACAUACGGAGUCAACGAAAUUCUAAACGCUCUGUCUCGCCAGCUCCAGUUCACUGGUUUAUGAAGAA